ACCCAAAUUCUCCAGCGGGACAGACCCACAGCUCCGGCGGCUCGCUCGGACCACCCGGACCCGAAACGCGCGUCCUGUCCGCGGGAAGCACAGCCAGCCUGGAUCCCGGUCCGCCGCGGCCAGGUGAGCGUCCGAACCGCUUAGCGGGAAUCCAGCCUCGUUUUUAGAUGCCCUGUUCCUGUUUCCAGGCCGAACCUUGGAGCGAUCUGCAGAACCAACAGGAACCAACCCAACUGAACCCGACUGAACCCGGUUCCCUCAGGUUCUGAAAAUUUAACUUCUUCAAUGAUGCGAAAAAUCAAAUCAUAAAGUGGGACUGAAAUUGGGUUGUAAAUAAUAAACCGUUUAGUCCUGCAGACCUGGAUUUGCCCUUUAAUCUUGGAAAAACUUGGACUAGGACCAAACUUUGAGCUGAGGUUUGUUUUUUGGUGUCGGUUCGGAUCUUUCCUGGGAGAAGAUCCACCAGGUUCUGUGGUCAUGAAUCUUCAGGAGAAGCUGUCCGGCCUCAAAGGCCUGGUGUCCCCCGGCCGGCGGCGCCAUAAAGGUGACCUGACGGCGGAUAUGAUCAGCCCUCCGCUGGGCGACUUCCGCCACACCAUGCACGUGGGACGCGGCGGCGACGUCUUCGGAGACACGUCCUUCCUGAGCAACCACGGCGGGUCGGCCAACAGCGGCAACGGCGACGCCGACUCCGUCUCCGUCUCCUCACCCGACAACAAGAUCGGCGCGUUUUUCUCCAGGACGCUGCGUCACAUCCGGCGGGGCUCGGACAACCGACCCCGGGACGCAGCGAAGGAGCUGUCGCCGCCGCCGCCCACCGUGUCGCCCAUCAUCAAGAACGCCAUCUCCCUCCCGCGGCUGGACGUCGACGCGCCCAACGGGAGUCCCGCCGCCAGGGCGCUGCUCCCCGGAUCCCCGCCAGACCGGGAGAAGAGCUCCUACGGUCCGGAGUCCGGGUUCGUCACUCUGCCUCGUCUGUCCCGGUUGGAGCGCCAGCAGCCGUCCAUCUCCUCCAGCGUUCACCGCGGCUCUCUCACCGAUCAGACCGACGCCAUCUUGUCCACCUGCUCUGCCGCCAUUGUGACCUCUGAACCCAAACGGACGACCCGCGGUGCGUACUCCGACUCCUUGCCCUCCCUCGCCUCCCUGGACACCUUCACCUUUGACCUCGGCCCGUCCCUAAUGAGCGAAGUGUUCGGCCUGAUCGACGGGCACCCGGAGGAAAGCGCCGCCGUGUGGCGGGCGGGCGAGGCGGAGUCGGCGUGCGGGUCGGACGGUUCUGCCACCGUGUCCUUCGUGGACUCGUUGCUGCGGGAGGACGAUGGCGGCGGCGGGACGAGUCCUCACCGGUGUGAGGAGGAAAACGCGGUGAGGGGAUUCUCCGGGGAAGUACCGGACGUGCUGCUGGGUUCUGCUGAGCGGGUCGGGGUCCGGAUGGAGAGCGAGCGGUUUCAGAGCGCUACCGACGUGCUAGCACGCCACUACGGCGUCGGCCUCUUAAAGGGACAGAACAAGAUGGAGGAGCUCCGGAGUCAGCCCACGAAGAAAAUAAACUACAGCUUCAUGGACGAUGAGGACGAAAUCAAAGUCUGACAGGAAGGAACCAAAUGAACCUUCCUGACGGUGACCUUCCUGGAAGAGGUCAGGACUCAACAACAAACAUGUCUGUUAGGUUUUGCACAAAAUCAUAAGAUUUUCUGUAAGAAUGAGCCUUUUAGGGCGUCUGUCACUUUAAAUCCAAACAAUUUGCUGCUUACGUGAAAAUGGCUGCAAAAAGAUGCACAAUUAUACAACUGUACAUCUUAGAAAGGCAGAAGUGGCGCCUCCUGCGCAACCAACAAGAAUGCAGCAAGUUAUAAGGGCCUAUUCUGGGCUCUUAUAGACAGAAAAAGAGUAAAUUUCCACCUGAAAACUCAGAAAUCUUGAAAUUAAUAAAUUAAGUUUUCUAGAAAAAGUAAAAAAUGCUAAAGUUCCGCAAAUUUUGAAACUCAUAAAUUUCAAAGUUGUCUCUAGAAAAUUUGUGAAGUUAACCUCUUUUUUCUAGCAAACCUUUGAAACUCCAAGUCACUUCAAGAAAAUUUCUGAGAUUAAUCUCAAAACUUGGCAAACAGUAACCACUCCUGUUUUAUUUUCCCAUCUUCGAUGGCCCUAAUGCGCCGUCGUAGAAAAUGCUUUCUGGAUGGUGAGUCAACAACAAAACUCUUGUCUUUUCCUGCAGCCAUUGUACAGCGAAUACAUCAGGAAAACCAGCUGACCAAACAUGCUGGAGCUCUGCUGGGGUUGCUAGGUAACGGCGCAGUGUGACUCAACAAUCGGGGGGGUUUUUGAAACGGUUCAUUUUCCAGACACUAAAAACAAAGUCAUUGCCAAAUAAUGUCUUUUUUUUACCGCAGGCCGUUUUCAGAAGCAGUAGAAACCAGAAUGGAAAUAUAAAAACAUGCAUUCUGUAUAAAAGGUUCCUUUUUAAUUCCAAUCAAGCUGCUCUGCAAACAGCAACACAGGUCCAGUGUUGGUAAAGAUCGGUUCUCCAUUUCUGAGAAACCGGCUCCAAGAGAAAGAGACUGAGGAGAAACUAAGACAUGGAAAUCAGAGGCGCGCCGAAAGGAGCAGCGUAGAUCACCUUCAGGCCGGAUAAAAACUGCUUUAUGUGGAAGUUACCCAGCCUGCUGUUCGCUUGGUUCCCCUCACACUUCCUGUUCUGCAGCAGCGACGUUCUGGGCGAGAGGAAGUACAAACCAAACUGCAUCCCUACAAACUGAUUUCACUCAGGAACAAAUCGCACAAAAAGGGAACAGAAGUUAUGAACACGGCAGAUCUAGAGUUUCUAGAACGGUGCAGAAUGGAAACACUUAAAGGAGCAUCGCCUGUUUUAUCAGGAUUUAAUGGGACAAUUUAGAAAAGUGAUGCUUCACUGCAAAGUGGAACAAAAGGCAAACCGACUUCUGAAGGUGAUUUACUGACUUGGUUCUACCAGGAAUGUCAGAGGAAAUAAGUUAAUUAAAAUACAUUUUAUUAAAGUUUCCUUCAGUUUCUGUUCACCAUUUAAAAAGUUACAGUCAGAAAAUAACAGCAAUAAUUUGGGUUAUUUAACCUGUUAGAGAAAAACUGGGGUUGAUUUCUCAGUCGUAUUUUUACCAUGUUGUUCAUUUAGAAACAUCACAAACUGAACUAAAUAAUAAAUGUGGAGCCUCUCCUGGGAUUUUUUAUCACAAUGAGACACCUGCUUUAAAAAUAAUUCACACAUACAAAUAUUUAGUUU